AAGGAUUCCAGGGCGAGAGCCUCAUCCAAGCUUGGUAGACGAUAGAGGGACUCAGCCUGAUCAUGUAAGGACGGGAUUCAUUGGGAACAAAAGGGGGAGGCUCUCGUUCUUGUUCGGAGCGGCUCCACGGGCAGGUACUAACCUCAGCAUCUCCAGUUGCAGCCCCUGGGAGCAAGCUCCCUUUUUCAGACUGCCAGCCCCUCAGCCGACAGAUGUGAUAGCUGCCACUAAGCUGCUGCGGAGUCUUUAGUUUUGCCAAGGAGUUUUCCCAGCUUCACUGCAGUUUUCUCCCCAUCGUCCUGCCCUGUUCUGGAAGAUCUUGGUUGGAUUCAUCCCCUCAGCAACUACAGUAGGAAUGAUCAUCUGAAGGGUCAAGAACGAAGGGUCAAGAACGGAAGUCCGAGAAAGCAAUUUCCCCUUAAAUGAAAAGUGAGACAAUAUGUUAGGCAUUGUGAAUAAUUGUUAACUUAAUGGAGCCGCAAGAAUUCAACAUGCCUUUCAAAAAGUUUGAUACAUUCAAAGAAAAAUUCUUGAACCCUGGAAAGGAAGGAGUGAAGACUAUGCUUGGGGAGUCUUUGGGAAGUUUACAAAGAAAAAUUGAUGGGACCAAUGUAGAAGAAGACAAUAUAGAGCUGACUGAAGAGGGGAGGCCAGUCCAGGCUUCUGCUCGGAGUCGCCCACUCUGCGACUGCUACUGCUGUGGAAUGCCCAAACGCUACAUCAUCGCCAUAAUGAGUGGUUUGGGCUUUUGCAUUUCCUUUGGAAUUAGGUGUAACCUUGGUGUUGCCAUAGUGGAAAUGGUCAACAACAGCACAGUGUAUGUUGAUGGAAAACCAGAAGUCCAGAAAGCUCAGUUCAACUGGGAUCCAGAGACCGUCGGGCUUAUCCAUGGAUCUUUUUUCUGGGGUUACAUCGUGACACAAAUUCCAGGAGGCUUCAUCUCAAAUAAACUAGCUGCUAACAGGGUUUUUGGAGCAGCAGUGUUCUUAACCUCUACUCUGAACAUGUUCAUCCCUUCUGCAGCAAGAGUUCACUAUGGAUGUGUAAUGUGUGUGAGAAUUUUGCAAGGCCUUGUGGAGGGUGUUACCUACCCAGCAUGCCAUGGAAUGUGGAGCAAGUGGGCACCCCCUCUGGAGAGAAGCAGACUGGCAACUACCUCAUUUUGUGGCUCAUAUGCUGGGGCAGUGGUGGCCAUGCCAUUGGCAGGGGUAUUAGUUCAAUAUAUUGGAUGGUCUUCGGUCUUCUACAUUUAUGGGAUGUUUGGAAUUAUAUGGUACAUGUUUUGGUUGUUGCAUGCCUAUGAGAGUCCUGCUGCUCAUCCAACCAUUUCCAGUGAAGAACGAACAUAUAUUGAAACAAGUAUAGGAGAGGGAACUAAUCUAGUCAGUCUAAGCAAAUUCAGUACACCCUGGAAAAGAUUUUUCACGUCGCUGCCAGUUUAUGCGAUCAUUGUGGCAAAUUUUUGUAGAAGCUGGACCUUCUAUUUGCUGCUCAUAAGUCAGCCUGCUUACUUUGAAGAGGUCUUUGGAUUUGCAAUAAGUAAGGUGGGCCUUCUAUCUGCAGUUCCCCACAUGGUUAUGACAAUUAUUGUACCUAUUGGAGGACAACUGGCCGAUUAUUUAAGAAGCCGAAAAAUUUUAACCACAACUGCUGUUAGAAAAAUCAUGAAUUGUGGAGGUUUUGGCAUGGAAGCAACACUUCUCUUGGUGGUUGGCUUUUCUCAUACCAAAGGUGUGGCCAUCUCCUUUCUUGUCCUUGCAGUCGGAUUUAGUGGCUUUGCUAUUUCAGGAUUCAAUGUCAACCACCUGGACAUCGCCCCUCGCUAUGCCAGUAUUCUCAUGGGGAUCUCGAACGGUGUGGGGACCCUCUCAGGAAUGGUCUGCCCCCUCAUUGUCGGAGCGAUGACGAAACACAAGACCCGGGAGGAAUGGCAGAAUGUCUUCCUCAUAGCUGCUCUGGUGCACUACAGCGGUGUGAUCUUCUAUGGAGUUUUUGCUUCUGGAGAGAAACAAGAGUGGGCCGACCCCGAGAAUCUUAGCGAAGAAAAGUGUGGUAUAAUUGAUCAAGAUGAACUGGCUGAAGAAACGGGACUGAACCACGACAGUAUGGCCAGUCCAAAGAAGAUGAUGUCUUACGGAGCCACUGAUCAGAAUACUGAGGUUCAGAAAAAGGAACAGAGUGCCCAAAGGGGAGUGACAUCAGAAGGAGAAGAGUUGACCUCCUACCAAUAGGAAAAUGGAAAAUUUCCAGAUAUGUCUUAAUACAUGAAAAUUUUUAUUUGGGAAGGGAACUCUGCCUUCUUCCCACUGUAAAAUCUGGCAGUAAAACCUGGCAGUAUCCAUACUUAUUGCCUACUUGGACUAAUCUUGCCAAAUGGUGGAAUGCUAAAUAUGAUAGGAAUUAGAAAAAGAUUAUUUCAUUAGCCAUUUGGUCAGUGAGCGUUUACCUUGCAAUGUACAAUCGGCACAGUUCCUCUACAUUGGUUUAGAGCUAAAGCCUACCCGCUUUGAAUCUGGCCAUGGUUGGUAAUGUUAGAUUAGCUGACAUUUCUGUCUGCAUCCGACUCUUUUGGUCUAGGACAGAGUUUAGGAAAUAGUGAGUUUUGGGGAGCUGUGCAAAAUAUACUAAAAUUUACUUAGCGAGCCAAGAAUAAAAGAAAAAUAUUAAAGUAUUAAGAUAAAUUUCUAGUCAGUGGAAGGGUAAAUAAUGAGUGUAGAAAAUGGCUCAGAUAAUUGUUCUUAUUUCACUACUUCAGAAUCGCAAGGACCCAAAAUGGAGAUCGGAAUACCCAUUCCAUUUCACCAGAUUGGUAAGAAGAUUCAAAAUGCUAAGUUGUCACCCCUUAAGUAUCCUGGGUGAAAUGUCUCUGACAAAAUAUUCUAGCUUUGUUCUCUUCUACUAUCCAGUUGGUUUACUGGUAGUUAAAGAAGAGAUAGAAAAUAUUCAAAAUUUCCAACAGUGUUCAUUCA